UUCUUUGGGGUGUGCAUGACCACUUUUGGCUUGUGUCCUCUCUUUUUAGCCAGUGCCAUGGCCAUUGAGAGGGCUUUGGCCAUCACUGCUCCUCACUGGUACUCACACUACAUGAAAACCAACGUGACCAAGCAGGUUCUGGUCUUCAUCUGGUGCCUGGUUUUGCUAUUUGCCUUAUUGCCCAUCGCUGGGGUUGGAAAGUACACUUUGCAGUGGCCAGGGACUUGGUGCUUCAUAAGUACAGGUGACAAGAAUGUAACGGGAAAUACGUUUUUUGCCACGACCUUUGCAGCAUUGGGGAUAUUUUCUUUGCUGGUCACGUUGUCGUGUAACGUUGUGACCAUCCGUGCUUUGGUUAUACGUUGCAAAACGAAGGCAACCUCGACCCAGUCAUCCAAGCAAUGGGAGAGGUUAACAACAGAGACUGUUAUUCAGUUGAUGGGCAUUAUGUGUGUGCUGUUG